UCAAUGUUUUCUAGAAAUGUCCGCUUCCAAGUAGACAUCAGCCCAGCGCCUGGGGAGCGGGACACAGCAUCUGCAACAACAUUUUGUCUAACAUUUACUCUUGUAUCAGGUUAGUGCUCACUGUCAACGCUGAUUAGAGCUUACAUUUGGCAAGUUCCUAUCAAUGUAUUGUAGCAUUCACUCUCACAGUAAAAGAAAAGGGAAGUGGGGUGGAAGAGAGUGAAGCAAGCAUUUUUGCUGCUUCUUAAGACUGAUUACAAAACCUAAAAUUUUAUCAAUUUUUAAAGCCUUUUUUUUCUAAAUGUAUGCAGAGAAAUUUUAAAACCAUAUUUUUUCUGUUCAAACUUCAAUUUUUUAAACCAUUUUUCCUAACCAGAAUUUGAGUGCAGUUAAGAAUGCUUAGACUGUUUGCAAACUAUAUUUCAUUUUUUAAAUUAUUGUUAUUUUUUUCAUUACUGUAAUUAAACUUAAUUUAAGAUUAAAAAGUUGCUAUUUAUAUGUUUGCUUUCCCAUUGUAACAUUAAUUUUAAAAAUAAUGAUAUGAGCAAGCUUUUAAUAUCACCAUGGUUAGCUGGGAAUAAUUCAGUGCCAACAAAUUUGCAAAAGUAGAUCUAUGUGCAAAAUUAGGGAAACACUAAUCUUGGGAUCAAUAAUUUCAACAAAUAAAACAAGUUUACUUUUCUAAGGACUUUUUAGCUUAUGUAAAUUUUGGUAUAAUUUUAUUAUAAAUAAAGAUAUAUUUAAUAAGCCUUCUUAAGUUGGUACCAGAUUGCAAUAUUAAUAUAACAAAUACUAUAAUUUAGGCCUAUUAUCAAACUGUAUAAUUUGGCAACAGUUCAUUAAGUUGUUUUUUUAUCAGGUCCAUCUCGUCGUUUCCGUCGUGUGUGUGAGCACCUCCAGGCACUCAUGUCAUCACCACGAGGAGAAAACCACAGAAAAAUUAGCACAGAUAGCACUGUGUCCUAUUGCUCAGAGCUUGUACCAGCUUCAUACUGUUCUUCUGCUAAAGAGAAUGGUGACACUGAUGUGAGUCAAAAUUAAUCUCUUUAAAUUAUAUGUGUGAUUCAGAGAGAUGCUUUCCUUCAUGACUGAGUUUUUUUCAUAGUGGUGCACUUUGUCCAUCCUCACUGCCACUUGGGCAAAAACUAAUUGUUUACCCUGAGAUAGAAAAAUUUGCUCAGCCUGUAAAAUAAUAAUUAAAAGCAGUGAUAUCUUGUGUUAUAUAUAGCUUCAUGUUGACAUAAAAUAAUUUUUGCUAUUUUUGUUGUCCAGUCUCACGACAGAGAAAGAAAACCACCAUUACCACCAAGAAAUCGAGACAUGACUAAACCUGUCAGUAGAAAAGCCCUAGCAGAAAACUCUAACCGUGAUAAAGUCUGA